AUGACUGAGGCCCCAACUGCUGCCACUACCCCUAGGCCGUCAUUGUUCCCAGCCCCUUCAUCUCCAGUUCCGCAGCCUACCCCUCCGGCGAGCCCUCCUGUUAUGGUCAAUAUCGACACCUGCAGCACGAGUGAUACGACUGUUCAUCAUGAGGAGGCUGCCACAUCUGUUGCCACUUCUACAGGAGGGACUGAGUCACCAGCGAGUCCUCCUGCGCCCACUGUUGCGCCACCCACAGAGGAGGUUUCUCCUUCAUCGUACCCGAUUGUUGCCACUGCGCAUCCGGAGGUGGAAAGUGCCAUCCUAGACCCUCUUACGAUAGCGCCUCGUACAAUCGCGCUAUUUCUUUCGAUCGAUGUCACUUAG